ACUAAUCGCUGCUUGGGUUGAUGUUUUCAACAAGAAUCACUGAAAUAAAUUUCAAUUUCGUCUGAAUAAUGUCAAUGGGGCAUUUCAAGCGGAUUAUAAAAAUGUUUUCAUCCAAAUUUUAACGACAAAAUUUUUCAAAAAUUUAAUUUUCGGCAAAACAAAAAUUCCUAGGCAAAAAUCAAAAAAAGGAAAAUUUAUAAAAUCGCUAAAUUCCGCAACUAUUGAUGCAAUUUUGAAAGAGGUCAAGUGCAAAUCUUCAGUCAGCCAUAUCAACAAGAAAUGCAUAAAUUUUGUAGGCAAAUUCCAGACAUAGCAAGCAAAGUUCUAAUACGUAAGGUAUCGUGCAUCCGAGAUGAAAAAGGCGUCGCAGCCUUGGCGGUGGCGUUACGCUCGAGCUUGGCGUCUACGCACUACAGUUUGCAUUAUGGGUUUUUGGACACGCACCGCACAAUGUGAGUGCCAAUUCCAAAUUAAAUGAGGAUGAUGUUGACGAGGAGGCGCAUAUUGUAAUGGAUUUCGGUUCGGGCCAUAAGGCGGAAAUAAUGCUUAGCAGCACAAAACGACUCGACAACAAGGCGGUGAUAAAAUGCAGCAAAGGCAGCAUAACUGUGCCCGAUUACUAGUGUCCGGUCAAAAUAAUAGCCUUUGAUGGCGAGGAAAGACCAUUCCCCUUGCCUAAAAGUGACCUGCCGACAUACUUUCCUAAUCGGCUGGCAUUGAGUUUUGAAGCAGAGGAAGUACGGCAUUGGAGCGUAAGACGCAAAGUGAACUUCUCAAUCACAAGGAAAGCCUGUUACUAUCGUCUAUUGAAGAUCAAAUUCGGAGGAAAUCGGGCGUCAAUUAUACGGAGGAUAAGAGAGUGAAUUAGUGCUAAAAGUUGACGUACGAAAUUACCUGAAAAUUGCAAAUAAAGUUAAAAUGGCAUUGCGUUGGGGUAUCGUCUCUGCGGGCAAAAUUAGCCAUGAUUUCGCUGUUGCUCUGAGCACAUUACCAGCGAGUGACCACAAACUUGUUGCGGUGGCUGCACGCCAAAAGGAUCGGGCUGAGGAAUUUGCUAAGUUACAUGAAAUUCCAAAUGCUUUUGGCAGUUAUAAGGAGUUGGCCGAAUUCGCUGACGUGGAUAUUGUCUACAUUGGCGCCUUGAACCCACAGCACUUGGAACUUUCUUCGCUAUACCUUGAACAUGGCAAGCAUAUAUUGUGCGAAAAGCCACUAUGCAUGAAUUACAAGGAAGCGAAGCAGCUUACUGAUCUCGCCAAAAGCAAAAAACUUUUCCUUAUGGAAGCAAUUUGGUCACGUUUCUUCCCAGCUGCUCAAUAUUUGCGCCAACAGAUCAAGAGCGGUGCAUUGGGUGAAAUCAAAGAGGUGGAAGUGGCAUUUGGUUUUGAUUUAAGUCAUGUUGAACGUUUGACAAAAAAAGAUUUAGGCGGUGGUGUUGUGCUCGACUUGGGUGUCUACACCAUACAGGCUUCACAGUGGGGAUUCCAAGAAGCGCCCGAAAAAAUCGUGGCAAAAGGCGAACUCAACGAAGAGGGUGUGGAUAAAUAUGUGGACGCCGUACUGCAUUACUCAGGUGGGCGCGUUGGCAAAUUAAUCUUUGGAGGAAAGGAACAGUUGGCGAAUAAGGCAGUCUUCAAGGGCAGCAAAGGCGAGAUCACGCUAAUCGAUUUCUGGUGCCCCACCAAAAUCAUCGAUAUCGAUGGUAAGGAGAAGGUAUGGUCCUUGCCUAAGGGCAAACUGGCAACCAAAUACAAGGAUUCCGAAGGUUUGCGGUACGAGGCUGAGGCUGCACGUCAAAGUAUACUAAAAUCUGAAAUCGAAAACGAGAAUGUUACGCACAAUGAGAGUUUGAUUAUUGCCAAAGUGCAGGAUGAGAUUAGACGUCAAAUCGGUGUUGCCGUGCCAGAGGCUUAGAAGUAAAUAAAAAUGCAUUUAUAUAUUCAUGCUUCUGUAUGCAUAUAAACUGCCAGGCGCGGUAUGUGCUUGAGUGUUUGUGAUAGUGAAUUAUCAUUGUUUUUGGUUUUAAAAGUGCAUAGCAUUCAAAUCACCUCUAAAUAAUAGAGCGCAUACUUGUAUAACAGGGAUGAUAACCUUUUUUAUUAUAAACAUUUUUGUUAUAUUAUUUUA